AUAUAUAUUCUUGAACAAAUGUCCAAACAAUCAGUUAAUGAAACACCCACUCCUGUAUCAUUUAUAGACGACAAGAACGAUGACCAAUUAGAACAACAACAACAACUUUUUGCAACUUCUUUUGCUAUACAAAGAUGGAUUGACAAGUUAAACCGUCAAUCACCCAUCAACAUACGAAUGGCUACACUUCCUAUCUGUACAGCUUCUGUCAAACGAAUCAUUAGCAUAGAAUCUUUUUAUGCUCGAUCUAGACUGUUUAGAUUCUUAUUACGAAAAGGAUUACCUCCUAUUCUACUUUUUCUUGGGACAACAACAGCUUUUGUUUGGAUGCUUAGACGAUUCUAUAUACGACACCAAUAUUUAGCUCUUCAUUCUCUUGGUGUUUUAUAUCCUGCUUGGAAAUGUUGGCAUUUGGUCAAACAAUUGGAUACUCAUGGUCAACCUAUAGAACAAUUAAAAGAAUGUAAGUCUUGGCUUACUUAUUGGAUGUUAUAUGGUUCUCUUCAAGUACUGGAAAACUGGAGCUCGGAUCUUUUACUGUUUUUCCCAAAUUAUAACAUUUACAAGUUAUUUAUACUCUAUUGGGCACAAAGUCCUCAUUCAAAAGGUGCAACCAUUCUUUAUCAACAUGUCCUUCAAAAACCAGAAGACCAGGAUGAAGAACAACAAUAUCAACAUAAUAAUUACUAUGAAUCAACUUUUACAAGACCAUCAUCAUCAUCAUCAUCAUCAGUAGAACAUCAUCAGCAAUAUAAAUCGUAUCGGUCUCAUUCUCAUCAAUAUCAAUCUUUAUUCAACAACAAUGAUGAAGAGUUAACAUUGACAAUUGGACACGUGGAUGAUACUGAACAUGAGGAUAAUCAACAACAAGAUGAUCGUAUUCGAAGUUUUAGGAUCAUUGAUGGCUACACACCUCCAACAUUAGCAUCUGAAGAGCAUCCAUUAUCUUGUGAAAGUAGUAUUAGUAGUAGCAGUGGUCAUGAAUCAGCAGAUUAUGUCUCAUCACAAAAGGAUUUGGAGAAAACAACCGAUCAUCAUCAUCGUCAUCAAAAACAGAAUUAUCCUAUCUUGGUACCCAUGGAAACUGAAGCUGGCUGGUAGAUCUUUUUAUUUAUUUAUUUAUUAUUACACAUCAACACCUAACAUUUACUAUAUUAUUAUUGUUAUACUACUUUAUACCUUUUAUAUAUAUUUAUUCUAUGACAUUAUUUUUUUUUAUCUUCUUGAUUUGAUUUUGCUGAUGAUCAGCUCCAAUAAACAUGACAUUUUUUUUUUAA